GCACUCUCUAAUGCUGAAAAUCAAUGUUUGUCUUACUUACAAAAUUUAUAUGUCAAUGCUUUCACUAAUUAUUGCUUGUUCUGUUUUCUUAUGUUUUCAAUAAUCAGGUUAAGCUUCCCCCGAAAUUCGAUUGGAGGAGUAGAGGAGUCGUAACUCCAAUCAAAAGUCAGGGAAAGUUUGCUACAUGUUGGGCUCUUGCUGCCAUCACUGUCUUGGAGAGCAUCCAUGCGAUAAAAACAAACAAAUUACUCGUGCUUGCUCCUCAACUCUUACUGGAUUGCGUGAAAUCAACAAAACAGUUUGGCUGGGUCGAUAAGGCAUUCCAAUGGGUUAUCUCCUCCUCAGGCAGUGCUAUCAGUCUUGAAAAAGACUAUCCCUACGUUGGUUUUCCUGGUCGCUGUAGGAGGAAUAGUGUUCUUGUACAACCAAUAUGCAUAGACAACUAUGUACGUAUAGAAUUUGCUUCAGAUGAUCAGAUGAUGCAACUUGUUGCAAAACAGCCUGUAGUGGUUUGUAUUGAUUCAAAUUGCAAAAGAUUCCGUCGUUAUAAACAUGGAAUCUAUCGCGGGCCGGAAUCGGUAACAACUAAUCAUUUUGUUGUUCUGGUCGGAUACGACACCAUAAAUGGUGUCAAUUGUUGGAUCGCAAAGAAUUCAUGGGGAGAAGAGUGGGGCAUGAAGGGCUAUGUAUACAUAGAAAGACGCAAGAGAUCGAAACUUGGAGUCGGUGGGAUUCAUAAACUUGUACAAUUUCCGACUUUUGGUGCAUCUGGUCCUUACAGGAAGAUGCGAGGUAGCUUUAAGGAGAAGUUACGAAAGCUUAAUCGCCUUGAUGAGAGUCUGAUAAAAAAAGAAAAAGUGAAAAGACACCCGGGCACAAAGCUCCAGCAGACAAAUUUCACAAAUGAGAUCAUCUCGUCGUUCAUUACUGAUGUCUUUCCUUUAUUCUACUCACAUUCGCUUCCGUUCAUUGAGACGGAAGAAAACACUUUAAGUGUUCAAGUACAGCAACUAAGUGAUCGACAUCUUACUGAUCAAGAGUUAGAGUUAGAUUUCCUUGUUAUAAUGGGCCUGCCCGUGAAAUUGGUAGGGAAUGAUGCAUCUAACAGAUCAUGGAUUGCCGCAGUAUGUAUUGUUUUACCUGCAUCAGAAGGAUUAGAAGAGGAGAGCCACAGAGAUGUAAUUUCACUACUGCUUUCCAUCUUUCUGACCAACCAAGAGGCUGGUGACGCAUCUGAAGAAGGAAACACUGUGUCAUGGGACGAUGAGGCAGCUUUGCUGCAAGAAGAGAAAGAAGUUGAGAAGAUGAUUGUGCAAGCUUAUGCAGUCCUGCGACUUGCAUUUCUUCCGACUGAAAGCAAUGGUGUACACGAAGCAAUUGGCAACUGUCAAACUUCGACGGAGCUGCAUUCCAUACGUGUGUUAAAUGUUUAGUUUGUUGAAGCUCUGUAUUCCUUGAGGACAAGGAUUCUUUCAGGGAGGGAGUAGUUGAUAGGAACUUACCCAAAAAAAAGAGUAGUUGAUAGGAACUUAUGUUUUGCUUUUGUGAAGUGUUACCUCUGUUCAGUGUUAUGUGAAUUGAUGCUUAGUUAGCUAGCUUAAGUCGGUGGUUAGCUUAAUGGUAAAUUGUACUAGAGCUA